AUGCGCGCCCCCGCCUCGGGGGACGGCGCCGCGGGACCCACCUGCCGCUCCCUGCGCGGCCCGGCGGCAGGAGGAGGGCGCUGGGCCGGGGCGCGGCUCAGGCCAUGCCGCGCGGCCUAUCGGCGGCGGGGGCAAGGGGGGCGGGAGCCUCUCGGGGGCGGGGGCCGCUGGGACCGCAGCCCCCCGCCGCUGCCGCCGCUUCCUGCUGCAGUCCCCGGUUUGGGGAGGCCGUGCGCGGCCUUGGGCUGCCAGAGCCGGCGUGAUUCAGCGUUUCUCAAGUGUGGAUCCCCCCUGGACCCCAUUUUCAGAACUCUGCAGCGCUGCGGUUUGCGCUCCCCAGCCCUCCUUGUCUCCUCAUGUGGUCUCCAGAACGCUCAGAGUGCCGCCCCGCGAGGGUGCGCUCCGCUUCCUGCCUCGAUCCCGCCGCGGCGCCGCAGCACUCCGCAGGCAGAGAGCAGCAGCGGGGCGGCUGAGCGGGGGAUGCCGCGCCAACGCGCUGAGCGCCGGCAGCUACGGAAGAGAUGGCCCUUUGUAGGAACUGCAAUCGCCGUUCUUACACAAAUAGAUCAUCUAUCCAUCACCUCUCAGCAUAGUCUAAAUUACUCACAGAUCACGUGAGGGCUGAAGCACAUAAAAGGGAAGUCAUAACAGCAGUGAGCAUCAUUCCUUUCACUUUGAAGC